AUGUGCAGGUCAAAUAUUCGGCGCUUUGGGUCCAUCCCGUGGCUGCAGCUGAUGCUGCAUCUGCUUCUGCUCGCCGAAAUCGCCGCUGCAGCUUGCACUGGUUACCAGGGCACGUUUGCCAGAGGGAACGCCAUCUUCCUGGCAUGCGCAAUACCACAGGGUGUUAGUGGUAACGUUAUUGUUACGGGUCUGAGUGGUGCCACUGUCGAACCCGAUAUAUGCCAGCAGAUCUGCUUCGAGCAGUUGAACUACCCCUUCGCCUUUUUGAUCGAUUCAGCUUGCUACUGUGCCCCAGCGGACAGUAACAACGCUUACUCUUUCGCGCUUUCAAAUAGCUGCACUUUCUGCUGUCCGGGUAACGCCAACGCUCAAUGCGGUAAUGGCGGCGUGGGUGCGGCCAAUGUCUACUACGAUCCGCAGAGGCCGCUGCCCACGACAACCUCGUCAACCGUCUCCAGCACUUCUUCAUCGAGUUCCAGCAGCUUCGAAUCAUCCUCUAGCAGUAGCAUCUCUUCUUCCACGGCUACCACCAGCUCGUCCACCGUUGAAAGUACCAGCACUUCUUCAACAUCUCCUACAUCCAACAGCAGCAGUACAAGUGAUACAGGAACCAGCACCGGCAUUUUCAUGGGGUCUUCAACAAGCACACCCGCGCCGACAGCUUCCACGAGCGUCUCAUCUGGGUCGCUCUGCAUCGACGUUGAGCAUGCCUUCUUCCAGUCUCUUGAACAGCGGCACCUCUUCUCCGGGUCUUACUCCGAGCACACUCUCGUCAACUACAGCUCUGGUUUCAACAGCUCCAGGCUUGGCUUCAGUGUCGCCCAGCUCGACUUUCACUCCGACCAUUGCCUUGACCGCAAGCAGUCCAAGCGGAAGCCAGUCGCCUUCCACCUCUUUGACAACGAGCGUGUCUACGCCUGCGACCCCGACAUCUGCUUCCACGAUACCCUCGGAUCUGGUCGGGAUACCGGUGUUCUUCACCAUUCAAGUAGCUGGAUUUCCACCAGGACCUCAACCAACGGGCGAGGAAGCUAG